CCCGCUAGUACAUAACGACAUCCUGUUACUCCAACCAUCUCUACACCAACUAUCCCUGCCUCACGAUCUCACAUCACCAUGUCGCGUCGGAGGAGUGACCUUGUCUUCGGUUUCCUAGCCAACGAAGUGUGGCUCCUGGAACGAGCAAAAGCCUACGGCAUCGUCACCGAUCUUCCACCAAAUGCAAUAGAAUCAUAUAAAUCCAAGAAUUAUACCGACGCAGACCUCGCCGAGUGCCAGUGGUACCAUCGCUCGCUGGCCAUGCUCAACUACGUCAGACAGGAGAUCAUCCUGGCGGUCGCGAUACCUGAUCUCGAGCUACGGGCAGUCUGGGUCGGGGAAGACGCGUGCCUUCGGUGUUUCUCGUUACCGCUCGAAUACGCGUCCAAGCGCUCUCGCACCCCGGAGAUGGUUGAGCAGAUGAAGCUACUCGCGAAGCUCAUCGAGACUAAGUUCCCGCCGUCGUUGUUUUGUGCCGUCUCUGCGCCACUCCCGCCCGACAUGAAAGGCCACAAGAUUCCCCCGCAGCUCGCCAAUCACCGUAUCAAGGAUCUACCAAGUUUCUAGACUCCCAUUGCUCGGGCUUGUCUUAAACUUCAUUUCAAAACUUCUCCCGCCUCGUUCGUGUUGCCGUGUCGUCG